AUGUCCACAUUCAAGAGAGUUGAUGUCCCUGAGCUAGGAUUUUGGGAAAGGGUCAAGAUUCCCUUCGGCAACUUCAACAUCCUCGCCAGUGUGCUCUAUGCCACUUUUACGGCCCCAUUCCGCGGUAAUAGCUAUCCAAAGCGCUUCAAGGCCCAUCUUGUGACUUUAAUUAUUCGCAAUGAUCCGUACUCCUCUCGCCAGAGACAGUACAUAGACCUGUCGACCCCAGAAGCCUACGAAACAGCCAUGAAGAAGAGCGGCCUUGACACAGAGCAAGUCUCUCUUCCUCACAACGCAAACGGCUACUGGAUCGGUAGCAAGACCGCCAAAAAAGUACUAAUCUACUAUCACGGCGGCGGCUUCGCCAUCGCCGCUUGGCCAACCCACGUCCAGUUCUGUAUCGACCUAGUCAAAGCCCUAAAUGAAAACGGCCACGAUAUCGCCGUCUUCUUUCUACGCUACACACUGACCCCACAUGGCGUCUACCCAACCCAACUUCGCCAAGCAAUUGAAGGACUUCGCUACAUCAUCAAUGAAACGGGUCGAUCCCCCGCAGAUGUAAUCCUAGGAGGUGAUUCCGCAGGUGGAAACCUAGCCAUGGCAACAUUGCUACACAUCUCUCAUCCGCAUCCAGAAAUCGAGCCGCUAAGUUUAUCGGUGCCCCUAGCAGGCGUUUUCGGAUUCGCGCCCUGGGUCAACUUUAGUCUGGACUGGCCUUCAAUAACUGAGAAUGCGUACAAGGAUAUCUGUACUAAGAAGGGUUUGAAGAGGUGGUCGGAUAUGUAUUUGGUGGGGAGAGAGGGAGAUAGUUGGAGUGAACCGAGUAAGGCGCCUGUGGAGUGGUGGGCUGAUGUUAAGACGGAGACGAUUCUGAUUUUGGCUGGUGGUGAUGAGAUUUUGCUUUCGCCGAUUGAGGCUUUUGUGAAGAAUGUCAAGUCUGUCUUCCCUCAUACCACUUUUGUUGUUGGCGAGGACGAGUCUCAUGACGCCCAUAUCUAUGUUGAUGCUGGGGUCAAGGAGGGGACGCAGACGGGGAAUGAACUGCGUAGAUGGGUCGCUUCUCGUGUCUAA